CGAAGGCCUGUCCAACCCACGGUCCUGCGAUGGCUGUCCUUGUCCUCCGUCGAGCCUAUUACUGUUGCCAAUAACAGACAGGAGAUCACAUUUCGCCUGCAAGAUGGACGCUCCAUUACACAGAAGAUCUCUCCCACGCCCAAAGCCAAGCUAGACAAGCUCGCUGGAGCUCUUGCUUCGUUGCUCUGCACCCCGGCUUCGAGUGCUUCCACGCACAGCCAUGAACCACCAUCCUUCGGGAUCCAUCAAUGGGAACUCGAUCCGCUGGGAGAUGCUAUACAUAGGCACAUAUCCUUGACUUCGCCGGACGAAUGCGACCAAGUAGUCCAACGGAUCAUGGCCGAGGCGGAAGAGAUGCACCAUCAUCCACACAUUGCCCGAGAAGAUGGAGAGAGCUACUUUACCGUCACAUGCACCACCCACAGCCCUCGAGGGCUCAGUGUGAGGGACACCAGACUCGCGAUGAAGGUGAAUGAGGUGUUGGCCGGGCUGCCAGCGACACAGCCCGCUCGACUGUCAGAUCCCAGUUUGGAUCUGGACCAGUUGCAGGAGCAAUUCGCCCAAGCGCGCAAUCGGCUGAUUGCGAUCAAUCGACGGAAAAUAGAAGAUGCUCUGGAAAGCUGCGGUUGUAGCACAGCAAAGGCCUUAUAG